CCCGCGGCGCAGUUCCGCCUGCGCGCGCCCACUCCUCCGGCAGCGCGGAGCCCGUCGGAAGAGGAAGGAACAAAAGGUCCGAGGCUCGGCUCGGACGGGGCGGGACCUGGCGCUGGGUGCAGGAUAUACUUGCCAGGCUGUUUCUGAGUGUGGAUUGUAACCUCUGGUAAGAAGAUGUCGUCCAUCUUGCCGUUCACGCCGCCAGUGGUGAAAAGACUCCUGGGAUGGAAGAAAUCAGCCAGUGGGUCUGGAGGAGCAGGUGGUGGAGAACAGAAUGGACAGGAAGAGAAGUGGUGUGAGAAAGCGGUGAAAAGUCUGGUGAAAAAACUAAAGAAAACAGGACGAUUAGAUGAGCUUGAGAAAGCCAUCACCACUCAGAACUGCAAUACUAAAUGUGUGACCAUACCAAGCACUUGCUCUGAAAUUUGGGGACUGAGUACACCAAACACGGUAGAUCAGUGGGAUACAACAGGCCUUUACAGCUUCUCUGAACAAACCAGGUCUCUUGAUGGUCGUCUUCAGGUUUCGCAUCGGAAAGGGUUGCCACAUGUUAUAUAUUGUCGAUUAUGGCGCUGGCCGGACCUUCACAGUCACCAUGAGCUCAAGGCGAUUGAAAACUGCGAAUAUGCUUUUAAUCUGAAAAAAGAUGAAGUAUGUGUAAAUCCUUACCACUACCAGAGAGUUGAGACACCAGUUUUACCUCCAGUAUUAGUGCCUCGGCACACGGAGAUCCUGACAGAACUGCCGCAUCUGGAUGACUUUACCCACUCCAUUCCAGAAAACACUAACUUCCCAGCAGGAAUUGAGCCACAGAGUAAUUAUAUCCCAGAAACACCACCACCUGGAUAUAUCAGUGAAGAUGGAGAAACAAGUGAUCAACAGUUGAACCAAAGUAUGGACACAGGCUCCCCAGCUGAGCUGUCUCCUACCACUCUCUCGCCUGUCAAUCACAGCUUGGAUUUGCAGCCAGUGACUUACUCGGAACCUGCAUUUUGGUGUUCAAUAGCAUAUUAUGAACUAAACCAGAGGGUUGGAGAGACCUUCCACGCAUCCCAGCCCUCGCUUACUGUAGACGGCUUUACAGAUCCAUCAAACUCAGAGAGGUUCUGCUUAGGACUGCUCUCCAACGUUAACCGGAAUGCUACUGUAGAAAUGACAAGAAGGCAUAUAGGAAGGGGAGUGCGCUUGUAUUACAUAGGCGGGGAAGUGUUUGCUGAGUGCCUGAGUGACAGUGCGAUCUUUGUGCAGAGCCCCAACUGUAACCAGAGGUACGGCUGGCACCCUGCAACAGUAUGCAAAAUUCCACCAGGCUGUAACCUGAAGAUCUUCAACAACCAAGAAUUUGCUGCUCUUCUGGCUCAGUCUGUUAAUCAGGGUUUUGAAGCCGUUUAUCAGCUAACUCGAAUGUGCACCAUAAGAAUGAGUUUUGUGAAGGGGUGGGGAGCAGAAUACCGGAGGCAGACAGUAACAAGUACUCCUUGCUGGAUUGAACUUCAUCUGAAUGGCCCUCUGCAGUGGUUGGACAAAGUAUUAACUCAGAUGGGAUCCCCUUCGGUGCGAUGCUCAAGCAUGUCAUAAAGUCCAGCACCAGUCAAGUCCAUCAAAAGACUUCAUGUAACAACUCUUCUGUCAUAGUAUUUGUGUAUGAUCCCGUGGACUCCUUGCUAUCCAAAAAUUCCAGAGUGAAAACAGCACUUGAGGUCUCAACAGUUAAAGCACCUUGUGGAUUCUGUUUCCUAUGUUUGAAUAUUAGAUGGGAAAAUUAGUGUCUAGAAAUGCCCUCCCCUGAGGGGGAAGAGAAGACUUAAAGACUUAGUGAUGUCUUGCUGGGCAUAAGACAGUGUCCCACAGGUUAUUAAUAACAGUAGUAGUUAUGUGUACAGGUAAUGUAUGGAGACCCAGUAUUGCAGUACUAUGCUGUUUGGAUACAUUUUUAGUGUGCAUACCUGAGGGGUGUGUGUGUAUGCUGCUUCUUGGUCUAGGCAAGCCUUUAUAAAGUCACAGUACCUAAUCUGUUGUCCCCACUUUGCCAUUAUUUUUGUGUCUUUUUUAAUAUAUAAUAUAUAUAUAUAUAUUAAGAUUUUCAAAUUAUCAUUUAGAAGCAGAUUUUCCUUGUAGAAACUAAUUUUUCUGCCUUUUACCAAAAAUAAACAAACUUGGGGGAAGAAAAGCGGAUUAACUUGGAAAUCCUUGACCUUAAUGUAUCCAAUGGAUCUUAGCAAUCGUUCUUUCUGUGUGUGUGUUUAUUUCCUGCUGAAUUUCAUUAGAAGGAAACCUUACUGGAAGCUUCUGGACUCUUCAUCCCAUUUCUGUUCUGAUAUAACACAGUAUAGCAUGAUCUCAUUGUGGAAAACAGUUGCACUGGUGGCUGCUGGAGCAGUUAAUCCUGGGUCCAGUGAGAGUUUUGGGAGAGGAAGUCUUUUGUCUCAGAGCCAGACUUCAGCAGAUGAUAAUGGACUUGUGUAAGCUGUUGGUCUAUUGAUAACUGUCAUCUCCAAACGUGCACAGGUGGCGGUAUAAUUAUUUUCAGGGCUAUUCUAGAAUCACCUCAGUAUGUGUUUCCUUCUUCCAAAGCCAGUCUAAUAAUAAAGGAUCUUUCCGUAAAGGCAGCCGACCUUCUGCCUCCUCUCACUUAACUACCAGAUUGUAUUACAAAACGGACCUUUGGCAAAUGUACUUCAAAUGUACUUGCUUUUGCAAGUACAUAGAGUGACACUGAGAUAUGGUCAGUAGAUAGGGGCCAUCUGUUUUUACAGUGUAUUGUAUGUAAUUUAUAAAUAGAAUGUUCUAUUACCUAAUUUCAAAAUUUUAAUGACUGGGAGCUAAGCCGUUUAUCAAGAUUUGUAGCCUGCAGUUACCUACAGUCUGAGCUGUUCUUGGCCAACCCUGGGUAUGUGGCCACUGACCUUUUCUGCUCUGCACUAAGGAUUCUGGCUGUCCUGCCGCACACAACAGUCAUUCAUGUCCAGUCUUGACUCCCUUCUUGUUUGCAGCUCCGUACAAAUGGAAAAUACUUCCUGAUCUCCUUUUUGUAAAUUUUCAUAUUUUUGCAGACAAAUACCUUUGGUACUUACUCUUUGAAACCAUAAUCACAUGUAUGUACAGGUAUCAUUUUUGAUGCUUUUCAACAUUUGGUUUUCUAUUUGAUAUUUCCCAUUUUCCUAUAUUUGUGUGUGUAUGUAUAUGUUCAUGUAAAUUUGGUAUAGUAAUUUUUUAUUCAAAUAUUUAUUGUUCACCUGUUAAUGUGCCAUGAACUUUAACCUUUGGGUGAAGGUGAACAAGAUAGCUCUAGUUCCUGCCUUUGCUGAGAUAGCAGUUGACUUAACCUGUGCUCAAGUGUCUGUGUAGGAGGUAAACAGGGUACUGUCUAGAGAAUGGCAGACAGGAUGCUUCUGGUAGGACAUUGGGAAGGCAUCUGGGAAAGCGACGCUUGAGCUAACACCUAACCUAGAAGGAAGGAGCCAUGUGAAGAGCUGAGGGAGAUUCAGCACUGCUGGGACAGCAUCAAACCCAAUGGCCCAGGCUUACGGAGACUCACUAUCAGGCAUCAUAAUUCUAUACAUAACUGUACACACCCAAACAUAAAGAUGAUGAUAAUUGGUUGAAGGUGGCACUGCUUUGGGAUAGGCUGCUGGUCAUCUCAAUCUAGUCUGAUCCUCAGAUCUUCGUUGUGGAAAUCUCUUACUUACACCAGGUCAGUGCCACCUUAGCAGCUCUUUUAUGUAAAGAUUCACCAGUAUGGAGAGCUACUGUUUGCUUCUGGACUUGUUGCUGCACACUGAUUAUCACUGCUUCUACUGCCCAUCUUGUGAUAGAGGAAAUGUCCUGAGCAUCAUUGCUUCUGAGCCUGAUGGAGAUAAGCACUGUAAACUGCCCCUCAUUGGAAGUCUUCACAGACUGAAAAGCUUGUGCUGGCUGUCGGGCCAUAGUUGUGGGUGCAGAGGGCAGCUUUGAAAGUAGUGGGAGAGCAUCAGACAUGCUAACAGAGGGGUGCCAACAGUGCACGCAGCUCUGUGGUUUGGGUUCAAGUGUAGGUUUUCUGUACAGUGUGAAAUGGGAUUUUCCCUUGAGACGUCCUGGUGUCACGGAGCAUGGAUGUCACAGUGGAAGCACUCGUGUGAAGUGUUCAGUGGUCAUGUUUGCUUUCCGGUGAAAUGUGUGGGCUUGCAUUACACUUUGUCUACCAUGGCCUAGUUUUUGUUGACUUCCCCCACUUUGGUAGGGCUGGGUUUUGUUCCAGAUGAUACUUGAGACCUCCCUCUUGGUUGAUUUGUCUUGAUUUAAGUUAUCUGCAUUAUUUAGCAUCUCGGCUCCACAGUAAUUUGAAAUUCUUUUUAACCAGAUUAGAAAAUUCAACUGGAUUAGGCCAGUCUUUGGAAUACCACUGAAUUGGGCUCUGAUUUAAAGACGCUUUCCUGCUAGAGUCUGAGCCACACCAGUUAACACUGACUACAUUAUGGUAUACAUUUAGUCAGCCGCAUAGUUUCUGAGGCCUGUUGUUUCCCAGCCACUGUGAUUCUGCGACAGUGGCCUGGCCCUCGAGUUGGGCUUAGUCCUGUGGGAGUUACUGUUGCCUUCAGGGCCUGUCACUUUGCCAGAAGGAAUCUGCGUGUGUUUUCUUGAGAGCUUACUCUUCUAAUUCUGUACUUUUAUCUGUAUUCCAGAUGUGUUUGCAGAUUGUUUAAUAUCUAGGGUGGGUUUUUUUAAUUGUAAACAAUAGGCAGUUUAGUGUAGUAGUCUAGUUGAUUUGUGUUUCAGCUGUCAGAUCCCCUUCAUUUCUUCACCUUCACAUUUGUUGUGCCUUUGUGGUCAGUUCAUCCAGACUGAGGCUCUAAGGGAAAGCAGUCAUUUUAGUAGGCUUUGCUAGUUGAAAUCAAAGAAAGCAGAUGCCCAUUUGGUUUCCCUACCUCUUCCAAGAGCUGCCCACGUGUCCUUAGGACAUUUUUUUUUUCAAAGAUUGUUAAGUACUGGGAAGAGUUAAGGGUCCUUUUUGCUGGAGGGUAGCUGGGCUGGUAAUGGGGUAUAAAGUACCACGAGACAGUCUAGGAUGGCCCUUCCCGCUUGCCCUGUUUGUUCCCUCUGUGCGACUUUCUCAAGUGUCUCUUCACAGGGCCAGCCAAGGGCCUUUCUUACGGUGGCUUAAGGGUUUGGUGACCUGAUACAUCCCUCUCCUUAUUCCUCUCUUCCCGUCUCGUGGGCCACACUUGCUCCACCCCAGGCUCCCUUGAUCCCGCCCUCCGUCACCUGCAGUUGGUUCUUGUGUGUCCUCAUCCCUCGUCCUCCCCUUAGGACUGCACGUCUGCAGGAAGCCAGUAGUCCUUGGUCUGCUGUGCUAAUCGUACAAGUAGCUCUGGAAUUUUGCACCGUUAAAUGUCCUGUGACUGACGAGCAGCAAAUUUUCAGGUAUUGUUUAUUAUAAUUUAGAUGUAACAGCAUCUCAUUCCUGUUUGGGGGCAUUCUGAAGUGUCAGUUUUAGUACAAUCGGUGAUGAUGGUGUGUGGUCUUCAGAGAGACAGAUCCCUGCUGUUGGGGCCUUUUCUUUUUCCAAGUCUCCUUGAUUGUUUUAUUUGUUCAGACUGCCUUUUGUCUGAGGAGAUUGAGGGACAGGUUAUUUCUUGGAAUGUAAUUUAUGUACUUGCAGCCAGAAAAUACUGAGUUAAUCUCAUGAAUGCUGCUGUGAUAAGACCUGGUUUCAUGUUUGUGUGACUUCUUGAGUAGAGAUUUUUAUCUUGGACAGUAUAGCUAGCUUAUAUGUAUAUGAGAGCUGCCUCAAACCUUUUAAGUUUUCAUGUAUAUGUAUGAAUGUAUACACACAUAUACCCUCAGAAAAACUAACAGUGGUGUCAUCUUAACAAUGAUGAGUGGUUACAUUGUUUAAAUCUCAGAUCCCAGUAAAGACAUUCCUCAUUUGCUUAUAGACAUUAUUCUCUAUUAUCCAUUAUGACUCAGUCAGUGUAUUUAAAAUGAAGUCUACCACAGUCCAAUUUGACAGUUCAGCUGGAAUGCUGAUGUUUAGUUUCUGUGGUAAAAAUCAUGAGAAGUUCAUUACCACCAAUAAAGCUUUCUUAGUCCUCUUCCCUAACCUUUACACCCAGUGCUGAGGGUUGACUUUGGAAUAAUGUGGCAGCUUGUUCUUCAUUUGUUUCUCCCAUGAGACUGCUGCUGCAGAGACAGGAAGUAUCACCACGAGGUCAAGCUCCCUGUACCUAGUGCUCGCCUAAAUGAAGGUAGUUCAGGCCUGACUGUCUAGCCUGUGGUCAAUAGAAGUGAUUUUCUAAGGCUUCUGGGCCUCUGUAUACUAACACCUCAGUGUUCCUUGGCUUGCUCCUGUGAGUCAUAGAGUGGACCCAGAGUCUCACAAAUGCUUGAGAUGUAGGACCCCUGGGAAGAAAGGAUAAUAGAGGUGAGAUGGGUUCAUUAAUUCUAUACAUGGGAUGAUGAAAUUUUUUUUAUUUUGUUUUGUUUUCUUUGUUUUGAGAAAAAAUGACCUGCCUUCCUUUUUUUUCUUUUUUAAAAUUUUUUUGAUGAUUUAUUUUUGUUUCAUGUACAUUGGUUUGCCUGUAUGAGGGUGUUGGAUCCCUUGGAACUGGACUGGAGUUACAGACAGUUGUGAGCUGCCAUGUGGGUGCUGGGAAUUGAACUCAGGUCCUCUGCAAGAGCAGCCAGUGCUCUUAGCCACUGAGCCAUCUCUCCAGCCCCCUACCUUCUGCCUUCUUUUAAAAAUUUCUGGUUCACUAUUUUUGGGUGGAAGAUAAGAAUUUGCUCCCCAGUUCUGACUUACAAUAAUCAUUCAGCAGUCAAAUCCACAACAUAAUUAUUUAAGAACAAAUGUAAAGCUUUAGAGUUAUGGAAAACACACGGAUGGUUCCACUUCCCUUCCAGCUGUGGCUUUAAGGUCCUGGCUGGUUACAGUGCUGGUCACUAGAUGACGUCCAUUAAUGAAGGCUGUGUUAAGUUGGGCCCUUUGCAGUGUUGUAGCAGAGGGUUGGCUUUGGGAGCAUUUUGUCUGUGGGAUGGAAGCUUACAGAAGUCUUCUUCCUGGGGAAAGUCCCUAAGAAAAUGUCUCUCUGCCACUCUCAGUGUUGACAUCUGUGGACUGAUGUGGCUUAGAAACAGGCUGCAGAGGGACAGUGCUUGGGUGGUGCAUGUUGAUCCUCCCCUCAGGAGUGUAGUUUACAGAUAGUGGUUUCAGUCAGGAGAAUAAUUAAAUGUAGCAUUUAGGUAACAUGCAUGAAUUCUUAAUUUAAAAGUAACCAAUUUUUGGAAGACACCGGAUUCAGCCUCUGGCCUGUGAAUUACCCGUCUGUGUGUACACAUACAUAUCCAGCCUAUUUCUUGGCAAAAUGCAGAUUGGGCACACACUUGACCAGCUUUACCUCAGACUCCAGUUAUGCUUUUCUUGACCCUAAUGUUUAAGGCAUAAGUGUUGGACUCUUUGUUUUUUCAUUGGUGGCAGCGAUCUAUAAAACGCAAAACUUUGUAGUGGGCUAAACCAAGAGAACCCACAGUGACUGGGGCUGCAGCUCUGCAGGAAGCCAAAUCAGAAAGCACGGAGAGUGCUGAUGCUCCCUGCCCCCAGGGCCAAGUUUCCCAAGAGCACAGUACACGCAGUGUCACUAGAUCUUUGCUAAUGCUCUCCGUUGGCUGUCUUCAUCUAUGAAACAAGAAUGUGGGGAUGGCUGGCCUUGAAGGUUUUCACAUUUUAAAAGGAUAGAAGAAGAUAGAAGAAACUGGAACAUUCAUUUAGCUCAGAAAAUCUCAGCAUAUGAUAAGACACUGUGUAACUGGACAGGACAGGAGACUCAGGACGUCUUGUCUGAAAGUGAGUCUCAAGAGUAUAAAGUCCAAUGCACUACUGCUCGGUGUUAACUGGCCCUGAGGUAGUUCUGCGCUUCCAGCAGUUAGCCAGUUUGGAGGAAGUAGCCUUUAGCAAGAGAACCAAAAGCCUCAUGUCCUUACGGAGGAGCCUUAUGUACUUGGAAAGUCUUUUCUCCAGGCGUGCUAAGGAAAGACGACCAGCCCUGCCAUGCCCAGACAACUGUGCCGGAUGUGCAAGGCUCAGUGCUAGACCAAAGUAAGCCCCAGGGGUCCUGGGAAGAGUCGUCCACUGUAGGUAUCCUCAGGAUUUAUUCUCAUAUCAAUGUCAUUAUAAUUGAUACUGCAGUGGGUUGCCUCAUGACUGUCAGUAUUUCCAGGAUUGACUUAUGUGCCCUCUAAUUGCUUAUUACUGUGAAUGCAAUCUAAGAUUUCCAAUAAAUAACAAAAGUAGCAAACAGAGUUGGUUGGAAAAGAGAAAUGGAAACAAAAAUGGAAAGAGGCAACUAGAUAGCUAUGGAUCUUGUGUCCUUAUGAGGUGUAAUGUGGAAACAAUGUGAGUAUAGAUUUCCUCUCAUAAGAGAAACAGCUUGGGCUAUUUCCCAGUCUGUCCUGCUCAAGAAGCCAGAAUGUGAUACUGUGUUUCUUUUUGGUGAAUGUUGUCUUAAAAUUACUUAAAUGUGUCAGCCAGAAGCAGGUGAAAUAAUCAGUGUCCUGACAGAGUUUUGCUCUCAAGUCUUACGUCCUCCUACUCUCGAGGUGCUUGCCAGCUAGACUGAGCGUGGGGUCAAGGGUUUUUUAAAACGCCGUGGACUUGGUGAUGUAGUAUGGCCGACGUGACUCCUGUGCUGUUUUCUGGUGACCCUCCGUGGCUGAUGUCUGCGCACUGUGAUGGAGAUGUUACGUGUGUUACUUGUAAGCCUUCUCUUAACAUUGUCAGGCAAUGGCGUGGGGUUGUUUUUUUAACUGAACCAUGAGCUAAGGCUUUAUUACAGGUGGUUUCAAGUUAAAAUUGUGAAAUACUUACUUCCCAUCCACACCAAAUAUUUAGUCUAUUUAAUGUAUUAAAGAAAUAGUUCUGCUUAAGAAAAUGUUGCCUAAAUGUUCUGUGAUUCUGGUCCGUGUUUAUCCAGCUCUGUGCAUUCCCUUUCUGCCUUUGCUCUCUACCUGUGUGAACAGUACUGUUGCCAUUGGAAGGUGGUCAAUUUUCCUAGCAUUAAAAGAAACAUUGGAGUUAUUUUCCAUAUCAUGGGAUCAGAUUUGUUUUGAUUUUAGUAUAAGGUAGUCUUUUUUUCUGAGGUGAUUACAUUUGGUAUCUACUGUCUAAAUUAUGUGAAUACAAAAAAGUGUGGAUUUUACAUAUGCAGGUAUGAUCUUAAGAAUAUGUGUGUGUAUAUAUUUUUUUUAAUUGUGACACAAAAAAACUUACCUUGUCCCUUUCUCAAAGAGGUUGACCCUGUUUACCCAAAACACACUGCACAGUACUAGUUACACAUUUUAAUUUCAGUAUGCCUGUGGCAAAUUAGUGAUCAUAGGUAACAUUUACAUUUUAAACAAAAAUGGUGAAAUUCAAGUUCACCCUGAAAGUACAAUUAACCACAAAAAAAAAACCCAUAACUCUGUGCGUGCGUGCGUGCGUGUGUGUGUGUGUGUGUGUGUGUGUGUGUGUGCGCGCGCGUGCGCGCGCGCACACACACUUGAGUUUUUUUUUUUUUUUUUUCGUUUUUCGAGACAGGGUUUCUCUGUGCAGCUUUGCGCCUUUCCUGGGACUCGCUUAGUAGCCCAGGCUGGCCUCGAACUCACAGAGAUCCACCUGGCUCUGCCUCCCGAGUGCUGGGAUUAAAGUUGUUUUGUUUUUUUAAGACCUCCCUCCUUGAGAAGUACUAGAGAUCCUAAUCUUAUAUCAUGAUAAUCAUAAAAUAAUUGAGAAGCAUUCUGGUUGAGCCAUACUUCCGAUGGCUGAGUCUGUAUUUUCCUGUCUUGUGGACACUCUGCAAGUCAUUUUAACCAUACUUCAAAUCAAGAAAAAGAACCUGAAAAGCUGAGGUGCACAACCCUAUUUGGCAUUGAACAGCAUUAAUAUAGUUUAACCCUUUUUUAUUGGGAGAAAAACUUACACUGGUUUACUAUUAAAAUUGCUGUAGUCACCGGGCAACGGUGGCGCACGCCUUUAAUCCCAGCACUUGGGAGGCAGAGGGAGCCUGGUCUACAUGAAACCCAGGACAAGCACCGAAACUACACACAGAAACCCUGUCUCGGGGUGGGGGUGGGGGGAUUGCUGUAGCAUCUAACUAGUAACAGUGUAAAGACACUUGCUAACCUUCUUGCUGCAGCAACUCUUGAGGUAACUUGACUGUGGAGUGACCCUCCCAACCUUAGGCUCCCUGGUGACUGCUGGUUCCCUGGAGACUAUGUGGCGGUGUUGUGUAUGAAGGGGCCCGAGAACAUGGAGAACCAUUAAGCUAUAUAUUUGGGUGCUUCCUGCUUGUACAUCCCUCUUUCCGCCGUGUAAAUUGAAUUCCUUUAGUACAGGAAGCAGAAGUAUGUAUAGGUUGAUGUCAUCUGGUGAAACUUUUGUUGAAUACUACACAUGUCCAAGAAUACUACACAUGUCCAAGAAUACUACACAGUCCAAGACUGCCUUAGCUGUUAGGCAUAUACUGGGGGGGCUGGCAAGAAGACUCAAUAGGUAACGGCCUCUCCUGUGCAAACUUAGACCUGAACUCAGUCCGUCCCCCAAACUCACAUAAAGGUGAAAACUGACUACAGUUGUCCCCUGACUUCCACAGGUGCCCACACUUAGACACACAGAGAUAAGAACUUAGGAGCACUGCGGUUUUCCCCCUUCCCUUCCACCGUUCCUCCAGGCUCCUUCCCAUCAUCUCAUGAGCUCCAUAAACUCCUCCUAAAAUUGAGAAGGUCACAGAUAGGAAUCUCUUCUUCAGUGGAAUCUCUUCUUCAGUGUGGAUAUUUGUAAAAAUCCUUUAACUGACCAUUUUGUUGAAAAAAGGUUCAUGCUACAUUGCACAUAUUAGGACUAUAGUAUUUGCAUUCUUAAACACAUUUAAUAGACGUCAAGGUCAUUGAGUCUGGCUUCAAGUAGUAAGUUCAAGGGUAAGUCAAUAAUAGACCAAGCAUUUUCCUGGUGAAGCUUGGGGGGUAGAAUGUUACCAUAAUAGUAAAUAGAAUUUGAGAUUGUAACCUGGCCGGUGGUUUUAGUUUUUUGUUUUGACUCUCUCUGCCUCAUAAUACUGUUUAUUACUAUAAAAGUUGUAAAAUUGAAAAGAAAUGUGAUCCCAGAGCAAAGAAAAGGUGUUUCUGAACAACACAUGGUUCAGGAAGUAGAUUGUGAGUGCAUUGUUAAGGAUUCAUCCAGUUUAGGGAGUGACUUGGAGUUGGUCAGCAUGAGGUCUUGGAACAAACCUUGUGCGGGUAACCAUGCAAGAAACCCAGACAUUACUUACUAAGUGGCCAUCGGAGGUGCUGAGCACAAGACUAAGGACCACAAGCUACCAUAAAGACCACAUCUGAUAACAGUCUAGGUGCCUGGAGAUAAACGCCACAGAUGGCUCGUGUUUGUGAGCUGAGACUGCUGCUGAGCAGUCAGGAACAUGACCAUGAGGGACGUCAGCUGGGGAUGGGGCACUCUGGGGUGCAAUAUGCUACAUUACGCCUGUAGCCUCUAUGCGUGUGAAAGUGCUGAUUGUUGAUUUGCAUGGCUGACAUGUGUUAGGGACUCUGAGAUUGAGUGCUGCCUGUGGGUUUGAAAGUGGCAAAUUGCCAGUCUUGAACCAGUUGCCUAACAGCAGUUUGCUAUGGAGGCCAUGCUUGGUGGACUUCAGCUUGAGGUUUCUGUCCUCUGCUUUAAAACGUAAGUUUCACCAGAGAUCUUGUCUCUGUUGGCUUGUUAUUGGCAGUAUUUAAUCACACUGCAUCAUGUAAAUGACAUGUUUGUACAAAUGACUCACUUUUAAUGGUUAAUUGCAUAAAAGUGGGCUAAAAUGGAAAAGUGAAAAUUAAAAUGAGCCCAUUUACCAUUGGAAUAAAGUGUUUCAGUAGGAAUGUCUCGCUUGCCAGUUUCUGUUGGAAGUUUUACUCAAGAGCCUUACCUAGUUACUUUAUUUCAACUUUGAAGCCAGGCUCUUGUGUAUGGCAUUUUAGAACACUCUUGGUCAUCUAUGAACACAUUCUGUAAGGAACUGAAUUUUGCAGAAUUAAUUGAAUGCUUUCAUCUGUAACAGAAUUAGUGGCCUGUAAACCACUGUGGUUUCUUGCAAUGCUCUGCAGUUGUUAAAGGAGGAACUUUAUUACAGGCUACCUGCUAAGGGGAGCAAGAGGCAUAGAAAAAUACUAUUUCCAAAGUGAAAAAUCACUGAUAAUGUUACAAAAUUUUAAUUUUUAAUUACAGCAUUUUAUCCCCCAUCCUGUUAUUCUAUUUCCCCACUAUUUAAGGUUUAAAUGAAACAAAAUACAGGUGAAUAAAGUUAACUAGACUUUGGAGAACUAAAUUUUGGUGCUCAGCAUUUGUAGCAAUUUAUGCAUAGCAUGGUACAGUUUUAUUUGCCAGAAUGUCAACCUCCUUCUCUGUCCUGCUUCCACUUUUUUACAGUUGUUCCUACCCCCCUGUAAUUAAACCCUUAGAAAAACCCAUUACUAUAAAAUAACAUAAUUGCUGAUACUUGCCAAGUACAGAAAUGUCAGGAGAGUGAGAUUACCAUCAAAAGUGAACGGGUGUUUGUGUGUCCAGAACUUUUCCAGUUUAUGUCUGACAAUUCAACAGUGCAUGGUGUGCCUUUACUCAAACCCUCGUGGCCACUGAGGGUAGCAGUUCUUCAUAUGCCUAAUACAAUCAGUGACUGGUUGGAAAGGUUUGAACAUAAAGCCCUUCAAGUUUAUGGGUCUUGGUGGGAGGAUCUGUAUGAUUUACAAAUGUUCUGAGUGUUUCUCAACAGAAACAGAAGCAUCUAAAGGCUGUUUAACCAAGAACACAGGAUGGAAUGCUUGAAGAAAAUCAUGCUGUAAUGAUCACUAUCUUCGAUGAUUGUGCAAAUCACAACAGCCUUCAGAGCUUUAGAAUAUUGUGAUAGUUGAAGUGUGGUCCUGAUUAGUCUUAAUAAAAUCCUGGAGUCAGAUACUGAGGGUGAAAGCUGAAAGACCAGAGAAGCAGAGCAGCAGCCACCAGAAACUUCUUACCUCUCCCAAUGCUCAGACUGAAUGGGGCCUCCUGUCUCUACGAACCCUCAGACUGAAUGGGGGCGAGAUCCUGACUCCACCUCCCAAUUGUGCUGGGAUUAAAGGUGUGCACCACUACCACCUGGUUUCUCUUUUAGACUGGUUCAAUCUCGUGAAGCCCGGGGUGGCCUUGAACUCCUGAUCUUCCUGCUUCCUUCUUCCAAAUUCUGGGAUUAAAGAUGUGUGCCGCCACUGCCUGGCCUCUAUGGUUAUCUAGUGGCUAGCUCUGCCCUCUGAUCUCCAGGCAAGCUUUACUUGUCAGAACACAAAAUAUCGUACAACAGGUAGUUGUAAGCCUUGGUUGUCAUUUCCAUGUAGUUUGAAAAGAAACUUAGGAUCAGGGGUCUGAUUGUGCCUAUUUCUGUGAUUAAAUCAUUUCAUUACUGUCUUCAA